AUGUCAUCCCUGCGAUUCACCCGCCCAUCGAUACACCGCUGCACACGCCUCCUCCAGCGCCCAUCCCAGCGACGAACCUUCCUCCCCAACCCCUUCGAAGCCUUAAACUCCGCUCUCCCAUCGUCGUCCUCGCCACCACAAGUCCUAACCGCCGUGCGAACUCUCCCCUACCCCUCGGCCCCCGUCUACUCUAUAAUAGCCGAUGUACCCAACUACCAAAACUUCCUGCCGUACUGCCAACGCAGCAACAUAACGAAGUGGUCGGCACCGGAUAAAGUCUAUGGUCGGCAGUGGCCAUCGGAAGGCAUCUUGACGAGCGGUUUUGGCGGCAUAACAGAGAGUUUUGUGAGCAGGGUGUAUUGUAUACCUGGGCGUUAUGUGGAGAGUGUAGGCGGAAACACGGAAACGAGCUUGAAGAAUGAUGAUAUUGCGCAUCAUCUAGACGGGGAGAAACAGGGGACAGAAAGGAAGGAAGGAGAGAAUGGCUUGCUUACGCAUCUACGGAGCAAGUGGACUGUCGAGGCUAUACAGAACGACCAGACACAGGUUAGUUUGGCGGUAGAGUUUGCGUUUGCGAACCCAAUGUACGCAGCCUUGAGUGGGGGUGUGGCGCCCAAGGUGGCAGAGUUCAUGAUCAAGGCUUUUGAAAGGAGGGUGCAAGACCUGCUGAAGAGCAACCCGGACAUGGUCAAGGCGAGUUUAGCGGAAUUGGAUGGUAGUGGAUUGAAGAGGUAG